ACAGCUUCGCGGUAGGGGGGGGAGGCAUCAGAAAUCGAUGUUCUGUUUCUAUCUGGCGCCAGAUUUAGUUUUACAGACGGGGCAGGGAAUGAAUAGUUUAUCAUAUUUGUUCAACGAAUGUAAAUGCUUGAGAGAACCUUCGUGAUGUCAGAAUGGACCACCAGAAUAAAGCCUGGAUUGCACACGUAGGGUCCCGUCGCUAUGGAGCGCCACGGGUGUCGGUAGGAACGCUCUGACGCCACACGCAUGCGUACGUGCGUUUGGCACGUUGGCCGGAGGCGGUGGGACACUUUCGGAGAAGAAGUAGAGAAGGUGAACGUGGACCACCUUCCUGUGAGUUUGAAGUAGAGGAGGCAGCAUUGUCUUCCGCCCCGCCCCGGACCCGCAUCGUGAGGUUCGCUGUCAGAAAAUAAAGGUGCUGGGUGCAGAACCUGAGCAAAAUGGCUAAGGCACUGUGCACGAAGGCCAGGUUCGUGACCUACUUGCCAGGUGUUCAUGCAUUGAUUAGAAGGAUUGCAACCUUUAGAACAUUUUCCACAGCAGGCUCUUCAGGGUCUGAUGAGCCUUAUGUUGCAGUUAUACCACCCGAUCAAGGUUUACAGACUGUAUGGCCUGAUGAACAGAUGGGACCAUUUGGACCUCAGGAUCAGCGAUUUCAGCUGCCGGGUAACAUAGGGUUUGAUUCCCAUAUUAAUGGCAUUGCUAACCAGAAGAGAAUUUCAACAAAUAGGACACUUCCAGAUGUGCUAACUGAGCCGUUAACCUGUGAGAAGCACGAAUUCAUUCUUGCACAAUUUGUCAACGAAUUUCAGGGAAAUGAAGCUGAGCCUCAACCACAGGAAAUCACAACUGCUGAAAAUUAUUUUGAGAAUGCAAAGGUAGAAUGUGCAAUACAAACUUGCCCAGAACUACUUCGCAAAGAUUUUCAAUCAAUGUUUCCUGAGGCUCCAGUUGCAGGAUUCACAGUACUUACUGUCACACAACGGAGUGUUAAUGAUAUGACAAUUUGGAAUGAAGCUGUGGAGGAGGAACGAGAGCAACUACUGGAGAAAGAGAUUGGCUGUGGAAAAAGAUAUGAAAUUCUUUCGAUGCCCCCAGCAAAAGGAGCUACAAGUACUGAAAAUGGGAGAGUGGAAUCAGAGGACAGACUUGUGAGCUACUCUCCAAGUCCAAGAACUUGUGUAAAAAUUCUUCUCCUUUGAUAUUCCCAAUGGGAACGCUGCAGCAGGGGAGAGUCUUUUUCACAAAUAAUGUUGGCUAAUGCCUACCACAUGGUCUGCUUCACAGUUCUGAAAAGUUGUUGUAACACUAGCAAAUACUCCAGGAUGUUAUCUCCGUUGGUUAUGUCAUGUUUGAGACCUUGUGAAACUGGGAACAGCUUUACUGCAGAACCUAAAGCAUGUAUGUUCUGUAUUAUAAAUUCCUUUCUCAUUUUAUGUUUCAAAUGUGACUAUUUACAAUUCAACUUCAUUGGAAAUACCCAUAGAUUUAUUACGAAAAUUAACGGAAGCUAACUGAUAGAAACUAUUAAUCACCAAGAGAUUUAGUAUUAAAAAUGCCUGAUUAAACAAAAUGCCCUAAUUUUUUUUCUGAACUUCUGUGGACACUUGUAAUGAUUCCUGCCUGUCUUGCCUUGAUUUUCCUGUGCUUUAUGCCUUUACUGGAGUUGCUAUGAACGUGAAAUCUGAGCCAGUCUAAAUGAAAUACUUUCUUUGCCAGAAUAUGUCCAAAAUCAAUGUUGUUUUCUCCAAUGUAUUUCAGUAAGCUGAUUUAAAUCAGGAGAAUGUUAUUCUGUUGAUUUCAAACUGCCUUAAAUGCAGAAAGAAUGGAAGUGUUUUACUGUAAUGAUUCUUUUGCGAUUGUUAAUGGUGUAAGUGUUGGCAGGUUGAAGAAGGAGGCUAUGUGAGGGCAUUAUGUUUAUUAAUGAAUUUAACAAUGGUAAUUUCUUUUGACUAAUUUGUAUCAAUUUACAGGGAUAGUGCACUGGAAAUUGAGCCCCAUUAUUCCUGAGCUGUUGCCAGUGGAAAUUUGAUUAAACCACCAAAUUUCAUAAUUUUACCUAACUGUUUAAUGAGGUUAAGAAUAUGAAACGCAAAUUUUCCAUUAACAAGAAAAUAAAAGAUGUAAUCAAGCCACUUUUAACCAAUGGCAAGGAAAGAAACAUGAAUUGCUAAUAACUUUAACUUGCCCCUUUCUUGUUUUAAACAAAUGCUGUAAAAUAUACAUACAAACAGACACAGAAAAAACUAGGAUUUUCAUAGGGAGAAAAGGAAAAAUAGUAGAGAAACAGCUUGAUAGUAUCAGACUACCCGAGUUGAUGAGUUGUUUUCUUUUCCUUUUGAAUCCUUUUAGUACUUAGCUAAUAAAACACGGUUGUUUGCGUACCACUGCUAUCUUCCAUUCAUUGGUUGAGAAUUUUGUUUGUUUGCUUCCUUCCACCUAUCCUUUCCUUUUUAUUUGAAGAUAGAGCUGUUUAGUGAAACGGUGAGAACAGCUAUCAGAAGAUUUUUGUUACUUUCUGCACAGGAGACUGAGAAAGAUGCUUUUUCUUUUCGAGCUAGAAAUUUCUCCUGUUUUCAACAAGGUUGCAGCCACUUCCCCAAGAACCAGUCAAAGCCAUGUCUCUGCGCAAAACUGUUCUGAAAUCAUGAAAUCAACCGUGAACCUGGGAGGAAUAAACUAGGCAUAUUCCAUGAUCCUUUGCCCACCCACAACUACCAAGGACAAAUAAAUGAUGGAAAAUGGAGAAACCAUGCUUUUGACAAUCUGUUUCACUGUAGAUUAACACAGAACGUUAUGUUGAAUAAAAUAUAGCUGGCAGGAGCCCAAAAAUCUAAAGCACAAUUGAGACAAAGGUUCCAGAGAUAAUGGGAACUGCAGAUGCUGGAGAAUUCGUGAUAACAACGUGUGGAGCAGGAUGAACACAGCAGGCUAAG